AUGAAAUUCAUGAUGCUGAGUCUACUACGGACUGGUUUCAAAGGCAAUACAUUUUGUGCGUGUAGGAAAAUUCUGAUCGAUCGUCAGAAUAAUGAUUUUGUUCGAGCAUGUCAUAUAUUGUCACAAAUCAGGAGGAAUUUCAGCUCAAACGUUGUACUGGGGUGUAUAUCAUCGAGGAAAUCCGGGAAAAUAGAAGAUAUCACUGUAAAAGAAACCAUCAUAAAUACUCUUGUCGAUCCGACAGGAACAGGGAGAGACUUGACGGGUGAUCUUGAUCAGGACCAAGUGUCUCAAACAUUAAUGAGUUUUACAAAACAGUCUGAAGUAUAUAAAGCAGCACAGAUGGAAGGUUUAAUAGAGCCUUUCCUAUCCAAAGCCAUGGAGAGGUUUACUGAGUUUGUGAUGAAUAAUAUAAGUCAACUUCCUGCUCAGCUGCAUAUUGUUUUGUAUGAUAUCAUCAACUCAGGCAAACACAUGGAUGAUUUGUUUCCAUUUUUCAUUGACUAUGCUAAGAAGUUAUAUCCACACUUCGAGUUUAAAGAUGACCUUCAGUUAAUAUGUGAUCUGACACAACCUGCUAAUUGGUAUCCUGAAGCACGAAGGAUGAAGCGAAAAAUCAUUUUCCACAGCGGACCUACUAACAGUGGAAAGACGUACCACGCUCUGAAGGCUUUCAUGAACGCUGACACUGGGGUGUACUGUGGCCCACUAAGAUUGCUAGCGGUGGAAGUCUUCAAAAAAUGUCAAGAUUAUGAUGUACCAUGUGAUCUGAUUACAGGAGAAGAAAGACGAUUCCAUUUUAGUCCGGACGAACCAGCAGCCCAUAUUUCAUCAACAGUUGAGAUGGCCAGCACCACGUUAGAAUAUGAUGUGGCGGUCAUCGAUGAGAUUCAAAUGUUGAGGGAUCAGGAACGAGGAGGGGCCUGGACAAGGGUUCUCCUGGGACUCUGUGCCAGAGAGAUUCAUCUGUGUGGAGAGGAGGCAGCCGUUAAUCUGGUCCAAAGAAUAGUCCACACCACAGGAGACUCGCUGGAGGUUCGGCGAUACGAUCGUUUAACGAAAUUAAGAUUUGACACUAAAGCAAUAGAAACAUUGGAGGAGGUACAGGGUGGAGACUGCCUGGUGUGUUUCCAAAAAAAGACAAUAUAUAAUGUGUGUAUGGAGCUGGAGAGGCUGGGACACAAUGUGGCAGUCAUUUACGGAAGCCUCCCCCCAGCCACAAAACUAGCACAAGCUGAGAAGUUCAAUGAUCCCAAGGAUCCAUGUAAGGUGCUGGUGGCCACAGAUGCCAUCGGAAUGGGCAUUAACCUGAAAAUUAAGAGAAUGGUUUUCUUGCAAAUUAAGAAAUUUAGUCGAAAUGAGAAUGGACAAUUAGUUAGUUCCGAUAUCAGCACACCACAGGCCAAGCAGAUAGCUGGCCGAGCAGGAAGGUACGGAGCAGGACAGGAAGUGGGGCUGGUGACGGCAUUCACCGAGAAGAGGAUGUUGGAACUCAAAGACAUCAUUAAACAGGAAGUGGAGGACAUAAAAGCUGCUGGUUUACUGCCCACUGUAGAACAAUUGGAGCAGUUUUACUUUUACCUGCCUAGCUUUAAGCUUCCAGAUAUACUUAAUAUUUUUGAGCACAUGUCUACCGUGAAUAAUGACAUGUACUUCCUGUGUGCAAUGCAGAAUUUUAAGGCACUGGCUUCAUUGAUAGAUCACAUUGAUCUUCCCCUGCGAGUGAGGUAUCAGUUCUGUAUGGCUCCAGUAUCACUGAAUUCACCAUCACUAAGCACCAUGUAUGCCAAGUUUGCACGAAGCUAUAGCAACGGAACCCCGAUCGAUUGUAAAUGGCUGCUGAUGCAGACGGACUAUCCUUGGGUUCUCCCUCGGACAAUCAAAAGUCUGUCCAAUCUGGAGGAGGUGUACGAAAUCAUGGACAUGUAUCUAUGGCUCAGUUUCAGGUUUGAGGAUAUAUUCUGUGAUAGAGAGAAAGUGCAGGAAGUUCAGAGUGAAUUAGAAACUGUUGUUCAGGAGGGAGUUAAAAAGCUCGGACUGCUGUUACUAAAGAAAAAGACUGAUGAAACGAAGGGACUCUCUCAAAAGAAAUUCAAAUGGAAGAAGAAGGGAAAAUGAUAUUGUGAAAGGAAUAUGUAUAUAUAACUUAUGUUCCACAAGACCAUAAAAUGUGGUAUAAAGAAAAUAGAAACGGUCAGUAGCUGUUGUCAAAAAAUCUAACCAAAGACAAGACUAACAUUGACAAUGGGUAUUCAUGUGCGUUUUGGUUUUCUGCCUGUGAAGUUGUUGAGUUUAUACAGUUAAUUGUCAGAUUAAAUCUGAAAACAUUUUUUGAAAA